AUGGAAAUGAAUUACGCAAACACAAACGAAACUGGUAAUGUGUACACAUUACCGUUUCCCAACACUGCCGACUUUGGAGCUAAGAACAUGGUUAAUGCACCUCAGAUGCUUGAAUACUCCAAUAUGGCUCAGUUUCAGAACUACACACAACCCCAAUUUUACUACAACACUCAGAACAAUUGUGUUGACGGUGACAUGAACAGCACUUACAACUGCUAUAACAACUACCCAUACUACAACACUAACAAUGGCUAUGACUACAUGUCUCAGCAAGUUACAGAUUACUCCAACUGUUACGGUGUUAGUGGAUAUGAAAUGUCUGACUCAUCUUUGGCAAAGCCGGUUUCAAGCAUGGGUGAAUCUGUUUUGGCAGCUAACGAAUCAUCAAAGACCUCAACUUAUUCAUAUAAUGACUUUUCUCUUCUUCCAUUCUCCUCAGGCAGCGAGUUUAACAACCAAUUCAACGCCAGUGAGGUUGACACGACCAAUCUCAACACUGAAGAAUUUGGUGGUCUUCACUAUAACAGUCCUGAGGAAACUUCAGAGUACAACUUUGGAGAGGAGUGUAAGAACGAGUGGAGUGCAGAGUGCAGCAAUUUGUCAAUGGUGAAGUUGGACCAUUUGUCUGACAAGAAUUUGAAAUCGCUUGACUGUGACUUUAAGAAGACAAGUGAUGAUGACUCUGAAAGCCUCGCAAAUGCCAGCACCUGCGAAAGCACUCCAAUAAUGAAGCCAUUACGUGUUUCACCACCUCAUUCACCAAUGCCUUCACAAUUUGUUUCACAAGCACCAGUUAAUCAUUUACCAGUCCCUUCAAUGGCCAAUGUUCAGGAUUUAUCUGAAACCCAGUUUUAUCCCCCGCAAUACUUCAACUAUGCUCCCUAUCAGACUAACUUCGCCAACCAAUAUGACAUGACCCAGUUCAACAACACCAUGGCCUGUUAUAACACUAUGACAGGUUAUGAUGUAAAUGGUUUCAGCGCCAUGAACGGUUAUGACAUGUCACCAGCCCAGGGUAUGGCUGGUUAUUCUACGGGAAUGGGAUAUAACAACGGUGUUGUAAUGGAGGGUUUGGACGAAUCCAUAAUAGAGAUAGCUAAUGAGAUUGCGAACAACGUCCAGUACUUGCCUGACAAGGACAGUAAUGGAAAGUAUUCUUUGGAUAAGAACCACCCAAUUCACUGCGUAUGGCGUGACGUGAACAGAGGCCACUGCAGCUGGCGCUGUAGGUGGUGGGAGAACGGCAAGCGCCUGAGCAAGAACUUUAACGUGAAACGCUUCGGUGAGUUUGAGGCCAUGAGAAUGGCCAUAACUAUGAAGAUCAGAAAUAGCACUCCCGUUGAGCGGAUUCAAUUGUUAAAGGAGCAGAGGGAGGCGGUCAGAAACCAACUUCAUCUCUUCGGUGCUUAUCCCAACUCAACUAGCUACCCCACCUCUAACUUCAACUUCGAAUCGAACUUCAACGACUCUAACAUUACCAAGGUAAUGAAUGACAACAAGAAGCUUCAGAAGGAGAACUGGGAAAGGCUUUCGUGGACGUAUUUAAAGACUAACAAAUGCGACGACUCGAACCACAUAACCAUCAUUUGCAGACUUUGUUCCAAGACUACCAGAUGCUCCAGAACCAGAAACCUUCAGCAGGCUCACAUAAUGCACCUUAUCAGGAUGCACAAGAACCCGUGGAAGCAAUACAUUGACCCCAAUGGUCUUACCAAGAUGUGUAAACUUGCUCUUGACAAUCUCUAUGAGCGCCACAGAUUUACUCCUUAUCACCAAUGGGUUUUAAGACCUGGCAUCAACAGACCAGAACCUGCUUUCGUUUAA